AUGGAUCCGCGAAACAUUCCCUACCGUUCAGAGGUGGCUACAUGGAACCCAGAUGAAUUAGCAGAAUAUUUUAAGACGUUAAAGUAUAAGGACUGUGAGAAAGUUGUGAGAAAGCACAGCAUAAGUGGACAACGGUUUUUGAACAUGUCUGAAAAUGAUAUUCAGAAAUUUCCCAAACUCAGAGUGCCAAUUGUAAGUAAAUUAAGUCAAGAAAUAAACAGAAAUGAAGGAAGGAUGUCUUUCUUUCCAAAAUGGGGCCAAACACAAAAGUGUCCUGAAAAUCCAGGAUAUAGUCAAGAAGACGGUGGCUGGUCUUCAUUUGAUGAAGAUGAUGACUAUGAAAGCCCUGAUGAUGACCAGGAAAAGGAAGAUGAGGCUGACUAUGAAUCACCAACAGGAGAGCCUGAGGAAGCAGAACAUGACAGUGAUGGCUAUGAGCCACCUCCAUCCAAUAAUGAUGAAGCACACCACAAUGUCAUAUUUCCUGCCAAAUCCCUUGCAAACAACACAGAUUAUAUAGACAGACCUUCAACAGCCAGAUCAUCACAUCAGCCUCCAGUACCACCCCAGCGACCUGGCCCGUCCACAGUACCAGCCUCAUUUGGGGGAAGAGGUGCUUCUAUGCCACCUUUUCCUCCUCUUCCAAGCAACAAUGACUUGACUAGAGACAGAAAUAUCAAACCUUCAAAACCCCCAGCUCCUUCUAUAGACAGAAGCACGAAACCCCCACUGGAUCGCCUUGCUCCACCAUUUGAAAGAGAAGCCCCAAUAUCAGGGAGGAAGCCAGGCUAUCCUGAGAAGCCUCUGACUCCACAGCUAAGAUCCCUGGGAGAACAGCUAGCAAUGAUGCCAAAACCUCCUGUCCCACCAAGCGACAGAUAUGAAAGAGGCAAUCCAACUCCUCUAAGGAAGCAAACUCCUGUCAAGCAGGGUUGGCCACAACAAAAGAGACCUGAAGAAGAAGAAGACACCGCACCCCAAAGAGCAGUGCCACAGCUAUCUUUGCCCCCAUACAGCUCCAAUACAUUCCCAUCAAAAUCUAUCAAGCCUCUACCUAAGCCAGGAUCCAACAGCAUGCCUGGUGCAGAAAGUGCUAGAAGCCUGUCUGCAAGUGGCUCUCUACCACCUCGCUUCCCUCUAGGCAACAACAGCAGAUCUCCUUCAAGAGGGACAGCUGAUAUAAGACCUCCAUUGCCCAUUCCUAGCAGACAGACUGCUCAGCACACAAACACCGAGGAAGAUGAGGAUUCAUUAAAUGAUGAAUGGUACGUUGCUUAUAUUAGCCGGCCAGAAGCAGAAGCAGCUCUUCGAAAAAUAAACAAGGAUGGAACCUUCUUGGUAAGAGACAGCUCAAGAAAAACUGCUACUCAUCCAUAUGUACUGAUGGUGUUGUACAGAGAUAAAGUAUACAACAUCCAGAUUCGUUACCAGGAGCAAAAUCAGAUAUAUUUGUUAGGAACUGGCUUAAAAGGAAAAGAGGAUUUUUCAUCUGUAGCAGACAUCAUUGAUUACUUCCAAAGAACACCUCUUCUUCUGAUUGAUGGAAAAGACAGGGGUUCAAGAAACCAGUGCAUGUUAACAUACGCUGCAGGACAUAUUUAAAUGAGACCCUAAUGAAGAUCACAUAAAGGAUCAAAGUCUACUAAAGUCUGUAAACCUAAGGAUACUUCCUUUUUCAGUGAACUAAAACCAUGAAG